CCUUCCAAACCUAAUGCUGGGAGAGAAUCAUAUAUAAUAUUCAGAAGCUUGAUGGAUGUUGGUCUUCAAUUGGAGAUGGAAAACAUGGCCAAAACCUUUCUAUUGGUGUAGGAUGUGAUCACAAAGCUAUUGUAACACAUGAAAUCUUACAUACACUAGGUCUUCUUCACGAACAAACAAGACCAGACCGUGAUGAUUAUGUUAAAAUAUGGUGGGAACAUGUGGUGCCAGAUCAAGUGCACAACUUUAAAAAGUAUGGAAGAAAUUAUCUCACUGAUUUGAAUACUCCCUAUGAUUAUGAGUCCAUCAUGCACUAUGGUCCAUUCUCAUUUGGCAAAAAUUCAAGUUUAGCAACAAUUACUACCAAUAUACCUGAAUUUAAUGACAUUAUUGGGCAACGCUUGGAUUUCAGCGCUUCUGAUAUUGAGAGACUCAGUCACAUGUACAACUGCACAAGAUCUCUCACACUGUUGGACCAAUGUGAUUUUGAGACAGCUGAUCUAUGUGGCCUGGUGCAAGAAACAGGAGAUGAAGCUGUCUGGAUUCGUAAGAUAAAUAACCCAAUGGGGCAAGACAACACCCAAAGACAACAGUGCAAAGAUGCUGGCCACGUCAUGUACUUUAAUACCAGUUGUGGGAAACAAGGAGAUGCAGCCAUCUUAGAAUCGCGGAUUCUGGAUCCAAAGAGGAAGCAGCAGUGUCUACAGUUCUUCCUUAAAAUGACGGGAAGCUCCCAGGACAGACUUGCCAUCUGGGUUAAGAUAGAUGAUGGCACUGGAAAUGUUCGCAGGCUGGUUAAAAUUAAAACUUUUCAAGGAGACAGUGACCAUAACUGGAAAAUUGCCCAUGUGAAUCUCAAAUGCCAAAAAAAGUUCAGAUUUCUCUUCCAUGGGCUAAAAGGCAAUCCAGACGCUUCGGCUGGAGGAAUUUAUAUUGAUGACCUAACCCUGAGUGAAACCCAGUGCCCCAGAGGUGUAUGGCUUAUUCGCAACUUCUCUCAGUUGCUUACAACUGCUCCCGAAGGCUACUCCAUGCACAGUCCUCGGUUCUAUAGCCCUGAAGGUUAUGGUUAUAGCUUAACCUUGUCUCCCAGAGGGUUAAGAGAUUCUGCCUUUGAAAACUAUAUACGGAUUUCUUUUCAUUUGGUCAGUGGUGAAAAUGAUGCUGUUCUUGAGUGGCCAGCUCUGCGUAGGCAGGUUACCAUCACGGUGCUCGACCAAAAUCCCAAUGUCAGGAAAAGGAUGUCCUCAGAAAGGAGCUUCACAACAGAUGAAAAACAAGUUUUCCGAGAAAAAAAUAAUUCUUCCAGAUGGGGAAAACCAUCUCUUCUUGGAAAAUUAGAUACUUCAUGCAACUGUGCUCGGAGUGGAGGCUGGGGAUGGAGUAAAUUUAUCUCACAUGCACAACUAAAGAGAAGGGAUUAUCUGAAAAAUGAUGACCUUAUUAUCUUUGCAGAAUUUGAAGAUUUAACACAUCUCAGGAAGACAGAACAUUUGCUCCCACAAAUGUGGCCCAUUGGUGAAAAAAAUCCUCUGGGAUGGAAGAAGAAGUCAGCCCAUCUGAAAGACUGGCAGCCCUACCCAAGAGAACAUUGUGACCAAAAUCCUUGUCAGAAUGAGGGUGUCUGUACAAUUAUCAAAGGAAACACGAGCUGCAGGUGUGCUACAAACAAAAUCUUCUUUUACACAGGCGUGAGAUGUCAGGUAGCACAUGUCAACUGGAGCAUCCUUUGCUUGCUGAUCGGUGGAGCUGCUGGAACCAUUAUACUCAUUAUAGUAUCUGUCUCUAUCAUAGCUAAGGCCUUUUUUCAGAGUGUGGCUUCAAGAUGAUUUCAUGUUACUUUAUGCAUUUGUAUGAACCAGAACUUUUGCCUUUCUUCUUUCUUUCAUGACUUUGAGGAUGCCUUGCCUCUUGCUCUUAGGCUGGCUUUAAUAAUAAUAAUAAUAAUAAUAAUAAUAAUAAUAAUCUUAAACUGAAUUCCUCUGUACCAGGAGUGAGAACUGAGAGAUUGCUGAUCUGCAACAUCCAGCACUUCUUGCCUUUGACUGUUCUGCCUACGGCUGAUGGAAGUGCAACAAUAUUUGGAGGACUGUGUGAUGGAUACACAUACACACACACACGCAUACGUAAGAGCAGGUUCCACUUAACUCAGUGGGGCUUAUUUUUGAGGCGAUAUGUCAGUGUGCUAGAUUAUUUAUAUUAUGCAGCUCUUUUCCAUGAGGAGGACUGUCCAGUUAUUCCUUUGUAUCCUCCUUUGUCUCCUACAUUCUUUGGCACCUUUUCUUUGCAAGUGUUUUUACAAGGGAAUUUAACAGGAAAAAGGAGUGACUGGUGAGAAUGCCAUCUAGGUUGCUGUAUAAAAUAGCAGGGUGUGUGUGACAGAUCCCCUCUCCAAGCUGGCCCCCCAGUUCCAACUCUUGAGCGCCUGUCAAUCGCCUUGCCCCCCCCCCCCCAGACCGAGUACUUGGCCUCAAGGUGAUCAUAUGUGAACCAGUGGAUGUAUUGUUCUGUGGGUUCACUGUGGUAUGUGUGACCAGACUCUCCACCAAACUUAAUAGGAAUAUCUAGAGACAGUUGUAAUAAUGAGAAUAAAGUACAGUGGACCCUUGAUUUCCCCCGAAGGCUGGUUCCAGGAACACUGUGGAUACCAAAAUCGAUGAAUGCUCAAGUCCUGUUAAAUACAGUGGCAUACUAAAAUGGUGUUCCUUGUAUAAAAUGGCAAAAUCAAAAUUUCCUUCUUGGAAUUUCUUUUUUUAAAAAAAUAUUUUCAAGCCAUGGGUAGUUGACUCCAUGGAUAAAGAACCUGUGGCUAUGGAGGGCUGACUGUAGAAGUUUCUUAAGACACAUCAACCUGUGAACCAUUUAAUCUUUUGCAGCUCCACAAACCCGUAUUCAGUCUCCCCUUGCCCACUGACAGUCCUAUCCCUUUUUCUCCCUGUCUCUAGGCCACCUUUCGCCAUCUGCCUUCCCUCACAGACAAGUCUCAGUUUUGCAUCUCCCUCCACCAGUCCCUCCUUCACAGAAUCCCCUGAGCUGUGCUUGGCUGUUUCUAACCAGGCUUGCCCAGCUUCUCCUUCACAAAGGGUUAUAUACUGUAGGUCUUACUUACUGUCACUGCCACUUUUGAAACACUAACCUGAAGCCUUUCCUGCCAAGGGGCUAGGUGCAGACAUGCAUUACAUUUGUAAUAUAAUAAGUGGUGAACUGUUUUCAGCAACUGUCAAAGGAAUGGAAAUGUUUAAAAGUAACUGAGAACUGAAGACAAAGAACAUCCAUAAGAGGAAUAGUUUCCUUUCUUAAAAGAUACUCAGGCCUUUUAGUUGUUAUCAUCUAAA